GACUGACGAUCUGCCCGUGGAGCUUCUUCAUACCAUCUUUCGGUAUACAAUUCCGCCAAACGCCCUUCUAGACCCCAUAGCCACUCGUGGAUCUUGUACUCCGUGGAUACAGGCUAUCGCCGCCAAAAUGACAUUGGCGAGAGUCAGCCGUCGUUGGCACUCCGCCACGCUGCCCUUUCUAUACGAGGAAGUGUCUUUCCGCCACCCGACUCAGGUCCGCUCGUUCGCAAGCACUUUACGAACACACCCGAAUAUAUGCCGUCUAGUGAGAAAGAUCGUCGUCGACUGUCCAGCGACAAAGGAAAUACGGGACCUUGUCGUAGGCGAUCUUAUCUAUAUCCUUACGCAGUGCACCGAGUUGCGUGCUCUUGCCUUCACCGACAGCCUCUUCGCAAUGGAGGAUGACUUGCGGCGAGUAGCCUUGUAUGCAUUUCCGACGGCACUCACUGCUGCCAUUCGAGCCUUGUCUCGGACGCUCGUGCGGUUCGAACAAUGGCCUCAGGGAGGUACCCCUCACUUUACAUGGCCAAUCGCUUGUGUCUCUACCGCACCGCUCCUUACCACGCUCACCAUCAACAUCGAUCAUGACGAGUCUUUGAAGAGCGUAGAGCUAGCCGCUCUAGAAGAGCUCGAUAUAUCAUGCCAGUACGUCGUCCCUCGAGGCAGCGAUCACUCUCAACGAUUCGCCAACUGGAGACUGCCCCGCCUCAAGCGGCUCAUCAUGCCAAUGGCGAUCGACAAUCAGGGCAGGCUCCUCCAGCAAUUCGGAAGGUCGAUCACGUACCUGGAGUUCCGCGAUCAUUUAGACAUGGCCACCCGCUGGCACAAGACACCUUGGCGACCUUACGUCGACUACAUCCAUCUCUGCCCUAUACUUCAGCACCUCGUCUUCCAAGAAUAUGAUACCUCCGUCCUGGACUUGCUCCCCAGCCAUCCAACGCUGACAUACGUUGACAUUUGGUUCAACUCCCCGGCCGGCCACAUACGCCAGGACUUUCUGGAGAGAUGCAGACAGAGAAGGAGUGCGAGCGACCUGCGGUGGAACGUUCGUCUCCUAGACCGCUCCCUGAAUGCAGUUCGGCAGCUACCAGAGCUUUUUCCACCCGGAGUCCCUGAGGAGGAGCUUCCAUCCAUCCAUGCUAUACCCGGCCUCAGCAUCACGCACACCGCGUGGGGAGUAUAUAGGAGCGACCUGGACAUCCUGUACCCUCCUGAGGACUCCUUAGAGGAAGCUGUCUCAGAGAACUCGUCGUCAGAUUCUGAUAGCACCUACUCAAGCGAGAGCGAUCCAUCAGAGGACGAUUCGGUAACAGAGAGCGAGGGAGAGAUGCUAGAAGAGGACGAGAUCGCCGCCCUGGCUUCUAUUUAG